AUGGCGCAACAUAUUGGAUCCAAAGCGCAAGAAACCCUACCAGUCCCGACUGAUGCAAGCUCCGAACGGUCUUAUGACUACGGCAAAGAAACCAAAUCUUACUACCAGGGGGGUGGGGUCCCUAAUCGGCCGGAUAGCGCUUUUGACGAAGAUGAUAAGGUUCAGAUGAAAGUCAGCAGGGUACUGAACGGUCGUCAGAUCAAGACAUGGAAGCCUUUCACAGUCCGCGGUAAACCGGUGUACAACUCCAGUAUUAGCGAUUGGACAUACCGGCUGAACAAGGAUGGAGCGGAGUAUGAGGGGGCUACGUACUUUCCUGAGUGCAAGCUGAAAAUCCGCAAGUCUUGA